AUGGAAGCCAUUGUUCUUGGCCUGUUCGCGGGGACACUGUUUUACAAACUCGGAGGUCAAUAUACCCAACAGCGAAUGAACUCGGUGAGGGCCCUGGGGUUUGUGUCAACAAUGAGCAUAAUGCUCAUAAAUCUGGUACAGCUCCCACUCUAUAUGCUCCAAAGGCCAAUCUAUUACAAGCACCGAGCACAGAGAUUCUUCAGAGCUUCUUCAUACACAGUUGCUCAUUGCAUUGUCAAUCUCCCACAAACGUUCAUAGAAGUAAAUGCUCAACAAAUUUUUCCUUAA